CCGAACCGUCAAAAACUCAAAAACGUUGUUGUCUUCCUCCCCCAAAUACCAAAGCUGCCGUCGGUCUCUCCAGUCGGUAGCUCUCAAAUCCCUAAUUCAAUAUCUCUCAGCUCAUUUCACACUCCAUGGUUUUUCAUGUUGCUCAUCCCUGAAGAUUUUUCAUAACAUUGGAUGUAGACAUGCAGGGGUGAAAAUUUUCUUUUGAUGUGGUGUGUAAUCUGUUAUCUGUGUAUGUGAUAGAAUCUGUGGGUGAGGAGGUUGGAUUAUAAGUGAGCCAUGGAGUGCAACAAAGACGAGGCAGUUAGGGCAAUGCAACUUGCACAGAAAAAGAUCCAAAAUAAAGACUUUAAAGGAGCAAAGGAGAUGGCAAUGAAGGCUCAACGACUCUAUCCUCAGCUUGACAACAUUUCUCAAUUAAUAACAGUAUGUGAAGUUCUCCUUUUAGCAGAAAGGAAGAUAGGGGGAUCAGAAAUGGACUGGUAUGGCAUUCUUCAAAGCCAGCAAUCUGAUGAUGUUGAAAUCAUCAAGGAAAAAAGGAAAAAACUUACUCUGGUACUUCAUCCUGAUAAGAAUAGGUUUGAUGGGGCAGAUGCUGCUUUUAAGUUGGUAAUGGAAGCAUGGAAGGUGCUAAGUGACAAAGGAAGUCGUUCUAAAUAUGACAUCAAGUGUAGCACUUUACUGGGUACUGGUACCAGUUCAUUCGGCUACUUUGGCCCCAAAUAUUCCAGUGCUGCAAGUAGCGUUCCUCAAUCACGGUACACUAGUGUGAAUCUACAACAGCCGGUGAAUAUACAACAACCAGUGCAACCAGAAACAAUCAGGAUAGCUUGCCCCUCUUGUAAAAGAACGUACGAUUAUGACUUUGCAAAUCGACUCAUAUUUUGUCAAAGAUGCCUAGGAAUUUUUGAUGCAUCUGAUUUGGGUUCACAAAGUAAUGGAGGGACUGGAAACCCGUCUUCAACAACAUUGCACAAUAGAAAUGCAACAUCAAAGGUGGCAAGGGCUGCUGAAGUGGGUGGAGCUUCUAAGACUGUAAAGAGAGAUAUUGAAAAUGGAGUUGGAAUAGAGAAGCAAGGGGUUGAAAGGUCUGAGUCCAGUCCACUGAAGUCGAAGGAUUCAAGAAAGUUGAGAAAUACACAUAGAAAAAGAGGAGAGACUUCUACUCGUGAUUCUGGUGAUUAUCCCAGGACUGGAAAAGGAGCCAAAGCUGAUUCUGAAGUUGUUGUUCAAGAAAAGGUUAGUAAUCCAUCUGAAGCCAGGGAGAAUCACACCAGGAGAUCUUCAAGGAAUGUGCACAGUGUUUCUUUCUGUGAAACUUUAGAUGAUGAUGGUGAUAAUGCCUGCGAUGUCAAUGUGAAUGGCGAUGCUAAUGAAGGUUCUUCGAAAAUGAGGGAAAACUCAUUGUCCACUGCUACUAAAAGGAAGAGGAUUAAUGGAUCUGCGGGUGAUGGAGUGUAUAGGCCAACUGUUUUGGCCCUUUUUGCCAUGGAUGGGUACGAAAAAUUAGUAAAACAAAGAGUGAGACGCAGAAAGAGCUUCCCUAGUGAAAGUGGUUGGGUAGAGGAAUCAUCCAUGGCAGAUGGCAAUGGCAGCAAGUCCAUGGCAGAUGAUAAUUUCAGCAAGUCCAUGGCAGAUGAUAAUUGCAGCAAGUCCAUGCUAGAUGGUAAUUGCAGCAAGUCCAUGCUAGAUGGUAAUUGCAGCAAGUCCAUGCUAGAUGGUAAUGGCAGCAAGUCCAUCGCAGAUGCUAAUGGCAGCAAGCCCAUGACAUCCAUGCGAAAGAUCAAUGAGGUUCCUCAACCUGAGUUCCAUAAGUUUGCGCUCAGUGAAGCUGAGUUACUGAAGACUUUUAAAGCCAAUCAAACAUGGGUUCUCUAUGAUCCAGCAGAUGGCAUGCCAAGACGCUAUGCAUGUAUCAGGAAAGUAUUAAGACCUGGGUUUAAGGUAAAAAUCACCUGGCUGCAGGCUGAUCCGGAUGACCAAGGUGAGGUUGAUUGGUGCAAAAAGUUUCCAGUUGCAUGUGGUAAGUUUGGAUUUGCGCUCACUGAAGAAGUUACGGAUCAUACAAUGUUUUCUCACGAGUAUAUACACUCCAUAAAAGGCAAGGAUAAAAGCUCUUUUCGGAUAUAUCCUAGGAAGGGAGAAACCUGGGCCCUCUACCAGGACUGGGAUUUGGGGUGGAGUUCUGAGCCUGAAAAGCAUUCACAAUACAAGUUUGAUUUCGUAGAACUCUUGUCAGAUUUUUCUGAAAGGGGUGGUGCUGAAGUUUCUUAUUUAGGCAAAGUAAGAGGAUUUCACAGUUUGUUUCAGCCAGCUGAGCAGCACGGAGCUGUCAGGUUUCAAGUGUUACCGAAUGAGCUGUAUCGAUUUUCUCAUCAAAUACCCUCUCGGACGAUGACUGGUUGUGAAGGAUAUGGUGUUCCUGAAGGUUCUUUCGAGUUCGAUCCUGCUUCUUUGCCUGCCAGUCUUUUUGAUCGGAGAAGCAUUGUCACCGUAGCCAAACCUUCUAGCUUCAUACCUUCUGGUAGAGCUCGCCCUGCCACGAAACAAGUGAAGAAAGAUCCUGAAAGAGGGGAGGACAAGAAGGGAAACCUCAAUGGUGAACCAAUUGUGAUCGACUAGAAUAAGCAAAGUAAUUGUCGCCGACACAGGGAAAGUAGUAGUACUCCAUAUCAGACCGAGGAGAUAAUCAAAUCAAUACACCCGGCGUAUGAAAUUUUCUGGAAAUUAAUUUUUGGUUUUGAUGUUCACCCUGGGUGUAUAUAUUUUGGUAGUAAAUCAUCUUUCUUUUGACAUUUCUGCACUGGCUGUAGUGAUACUUUUGAAAUUUGAAUCGUAUCAGGUUUCUAGUAACUGAGAAAUUUGCCUUUUGAUUUACAU